AUGCCAUUAUUUUCUCAUCCUUCCCUUGUGGAACAGCUUUGUUGUGCUAUUGCUGACCACCUGCGAACAGAAGUUGGAAAAAUUGAUGCCAUUGCUGCACUGGAAGCUCGAGGUUUUCUCUUUGGACCUAUUGUUGCCAUUCGCUUGGGAAUUCCAUUUAUUCCUAUAAGGAAGAAGGGCAAACUUCCUGGUGACUGUAUUCAAGCUUCUUAUGUAAAGGAAUACGGUGAGGACAUCAUUGAAAUCCAAAGUAAUGUCGUUUCACAUGGAUGGAGAAUAGUGAUUCUUGACGAUCUAUUAGCCACUGGAGGCACUAUGAAAGCUGCCGUGGAGGUUAUCAGCAAAGCAGGUGCUAUUGUUAAAGAAGUAUUUGUUAUUGUUGAGCUCACACCAUUGCACGGAAGGGACAAAAUUCUAGAGGUUCCCGUUACCUCUCUUAUAAGUUACAAUGAAGCUUGA